CCAGCACCAGAAAUUCAACGGCUGCUUAAAAAACAGGUGUUGUCCAGGAGCCGGUGCUAUGCGGACACUGAUGGCGCCUCUCCUAGUCCAGCUCAGCUGGGGCCAAUGUGGAUGGGAUUAACGCAGGCUUGGUGGGAAUAAAGAUAUUGAAAACAACCACCACCACCCCCCUGUUCUCAUGCGCCUGAGGAGGAGAGGCAGCUGGAGGGCGUGUGGGGAGGUGGGCGAGAGUCUCUUACUAACAAAAAAAUGGGGCGUCCUCCACCCCACUUAACUCCAAAACUCGCUCCUGAGGCGGCGUCGCUGCCACGAGCGCUAUUAAUGACUGACAGCACCGCGGGGGGCCUGAGGGCGGGAAAGGAAAAGGCCGCUUUCCCCCACAACCGCCUCAGUCGAGCCGGGCCGCCUGCCUCGGCCUCCUCCCGCCGACGCUUUCCCGCCCUCCCGAGUUGACGACGGGCCCUUUUCCCGGCCGACUUCUCCUCUCCUUCCCGCUAUGAAGCCGUGGCUGCUGCUCCUCGGGCUCCUGCUGUUCCACCAAACGCUGCAAAAUGCUAUUGGUCAGCCUGCAAAGAACAAGCGUCCGAAGGAACCGGGAGAGAACAGGAUUAAACCCGCUAACAAAAAAGUAAAACCCAAAACUCCCAAACUAAAGGAGAGAGAAUCCACAGAUGCUUCUCCAAAAAUCCAUUCCAUAAUGACACAGGUGAUGGAUAAGGGGCGUUUUCAGAAACCUGCUGCUACUCUGAGCCUCUCUGCAGGGCAGAAUUUAGAACUGCGGUGUAAAGGAAAUAAAAUUGAAUGGAGCCAUCCUUCAGAUCACAACAGGGUCAGCAUCAGGCAACAUGACAGAUAUGGGCAGCUGAUUCUGGCAAAUGCCACUGCAGCAGACACUGGUCAAUACAGCUGCUGGCUCCUGCAAUGCAGUGGCUACAAUUGCAAGAAGGAUGAGACCAAAACGGGCUCAACGUACAUCUUUUUUGCAGAUAAAGGGGAGCUCUUCGUUCCCUCUGCCAGUUAUUUUGAAGUUGUCUACCUCAACCCAGAUAAGCCAGCGGUAGUUCCUUGCCGAGUGACCAGCCCGUCAGUGAAAGUCUCAUUGCACCAGGAGUUCCCAGCCGAAGAAAUCCAAGUGGAUGGAACCAACAUUAUUUAUGAUGUGAAGAAGGGUUUUAUCUAUAAGCAUCCAACAUCCGAUCACAAGGGAGUGGUUUACUGCAGAGCAGAAUCGUGGGGAGCACCUCAGAUUUCCAUCAAGUACCAGUUGCUUUAUGUGGAAGUCCCUAGUGGCCCACCUUCAACUACAAUCAAAGCAUCAUCCAGUACGGCAGAAGGUGGUGAUGAUAUCAGUGUUCUGUGCACAGUUUUGGGGGAGCCAGAUGUAGAAGUGGAGUUUAAUUGGAUAUAUCCAGGGCAAAAGUAUGAAAGGCCUGUGGUUAUCCAAGACUCUUGGAGGCUGAUCGACAGAGGAAUUGGUCACACCACGAGAAUUUCCGAGAGCCUUAUUACCGUUGAAGAUUUUGAGACCAUUGAUGGCGGAAACUAUAUUUGUAUAGCUCAGAACCUUCGAGGACAGACCACAGUAGCUGCCUAUGUUGAACUCAUCUGACAUACUGAGCUCUCAGACAAGACGGAACAGGAAAUGUAUUGCUGGACUGCUUCUGGCUAGCUUUGCCUUCAGAACUUGAGAUAAGUGCAAACAAAUCUUAAUAUAAUUCAUUCUUACCUUAGAGCAACACAAAUGCAAGCAUGUGGUUGUAAAUGAGGGUUAUUGUGCAAGUGUAGCACAAGGGCUUAGAAACCGAACCAGGAACUAGAAUAUCCAUCACCCAGUGUUGCCUCUCCCACUCAAAGUGGCCUUAGAGAAAUGACCAUCCUAUCUUCAUUAUGGAAACACUGAAUUACCACACAGGGUUGGUUGCAAAAGGGUGCUAAAAUAAGUCUCCAUCACAUUCCAAACACUAAAGCACUAUAUAAAUGCUAAGCAUUAAAUAUAACUCAAGUCACUUUUUAUGGAAAUAUACAUUUCAAAGCCAUAAUCUCACAAUAUUCUUUUGUCAUUAAGAGAUAAAAGCUAGCUAAAUUAACGUUAAAAUUAGCCUUGCGCUUUAAUUUGCACACAUGAAAAGUAAAUAAAUAUCACUUGUAACAUAGAUGCACAUGUCUCCUGGUAGCUUGGAAUGUAAUGUUUAGUUUGCUCUGUAAAAUUUAUUCCCCCUGCAGAAUUAGUCAUUGUUGUACGUUUUGUAGAAAUUGCAGUACAAUAUAUGUGAGUUUUAAUAUGCCAUCUUUAGGUAUAAUAGACAGCUGCAGCCUGAAGGGUUGAUUUUCUUGUCGCUUGUAAAAUACGUAUCAAACAAAUAAAAUACUCUGCAAGUUUUAA